AGAUGCUGGAUUCGGGAGAAGGUCCGCCAUUAUUGGGAAGCUGAAAAAAAAGCAGCAGAGCCUUGUACACACCGUCACACUUUUGGGCCUGUCGGGGUCCGAACGUGCGGGGGGCUAGCGGUGGUUCCGCCGGGAAUCGAACGUGUGAGCCGGGUGACGACGGGACGCUGCGUUUCCACACGGAACCUUUAUUUCUUCACACAACAAAGGAAAUAAUAAUUGGUCAAAACAACGUGGUGGCGAAGCGAGGUGGAGAAAGCAGCAGCAGCAGCGGCUCCUCUCCUCCCCCUUCCCCAUUUGUCGGUGUGCAGACUGGAGUUUGAGCAGCAGCUUCAUUUCUCUCUCUCUCUCCUCCUCCCGACGAGCUUUUAGUUGUUUUUCUCCCUGCGAGAGACACACGAAGAGAGAGAGAACGUGCAUGUGAAAACUUCAGGGCUGUCGGGCACGAGCAGCGGGGGACACGCAGCUUGUGGACUGGUAGAGAGAGAAAGAGACAGAAAGAGAAAGAAGAAGAGGAGGAGGAGAAGAAGAAGAAUCGACGUGAGAGGUUCUGUCUCUUCUGUUUUUAAAAGAAGAAGAAAGUCUUUCCCCGGCCGUGAGAGGGAGGAAAAGGAGUGGACGGGAUCUGGAGAGGGAGGAAUGCUAUGGUCCAAACCCCAGUCCAGUGAGCUCCCUUCCUGCAUGGAAACCCACCUUCCUUGGCAUACUUCCCAUCACCCUAGAGCUAGCAGCCAGCAUGGCAGGAUGAGCCUCUGCCAGCGAUAAUGAUGGCCAAAAAGCAAGAUGUCCGGGCACCCAUCUACAACCUGGUCGCGGUCGGGCUGUCCGGCACGGAGAAGGAGAAGGGCCAGUGUGGGGUGGGCAAGUCCUGCCUGUGUAACCGCUAUGUCCGGCCAGGUGCAGAUGACUUCUACCUAGACCACACCUCUGUCCUCAGCACAAGUGACUUUGGGGGCCGUGUGGUGAACAAUGACCACUUCCUGUUCUGGGGAGAGGCUGGGCGGACAAUGGAGGAGGGGCCAGAAUGCCGUAUGAAUGUUGUGGAGCAGACAGAGUUCAUCGAUGAUCAGACGUUCCAGCCGCACCGAAGCACAGCGCUCCAGCCUUACAUCAAGAGGGCAGCUUCCAGCAAGCUGGCCUCAGCUGAGAAGCUGAUGUACUUUUGCACAGAUCAGCUGGGGCUGGAGCAGGACUUUGAGCAGAAACAGAUGCCUGAAGGCAAGCUAAUGGUGGACGGCUUCUUACUCUGUGUGGAUGUUAGCAGGGGGAUGAACCGUAGCUUUGAGGACCAGAUGAAGUUUGUCACAAACCUGUACAACCAGCUAGCCAAGACGAAGAAACCAGUGGUAUUGGUUCUUACCAAAUGUGAUGAAGGCGUUGAGCGCUAUAUUAAAGACUCACACACCUUUGCCCUUGCCAAGAAGAACCUGCAGGUGGUAGAAACAUCAGCACGCUCUAAUGUCAAUGUUGACUCAGCUUUUCUAACACUGGUUCAGCUUAUAGAUAAGGGUAGGGGAAAGCCCAAAAUUAUUCCUUACUUCGAGGCAUUAAAACAGCAGAGUCAACAAAUUGCCUCAGCCAAAGACCGCUAUGAGUGGCUGGUGAACAGAAUUGUGAAAAACCACAAUGAGACAUGGCUGAAUGUCAGUCGUCGCAUGCAGUCUUCCCCUGAGUACAAGGACUACAUUUUCCUUGAGGGGACAAUUAAAGCCAAAAAGCUUUUCCAACAGCAUGUGCAUAGACUCAAGCAAGACCAUAUAGAGAAACGUAGGAAGGCCUAUCUAACUACUCUGCCACAGGCCCUGUCUGUGCUGCUACCAGAGUUGGAUGAGAUAGACCACCUCAGCUGGUCUGGAGUUCAGAAAGUACUUGAGACAAAGAGAGAUUUCGUCCAAUGGUUUAUAGUGCUAGAUGACAACCCUUGGGAGACCACACCACACAUUGAUAACAUAGAGGAUGAUCGAAUCCCCCAGGACCUUCUGGAGACCCCUGCAGCUGAAAAUAUCUAUGAGAUUCACCUGGAGCAGCUAAGGAAUGAGCGAAAACGGGCUGAGAUGAGAUGGGAGUUCAAGGAGAAGCUAAGUAUCUCUCCUUUCAUCACACCAGGGAAACCAUGGGAGGAGGCCCGAAGCUUCAUCAUGAAUGAAGACUUUUACCAGUGGCUGGAUGAGGCAGAAUAUCUGGAUAUCUACAACAAACACCAGAAGGAAAUCAUUGACCGAGCCAAAGAGGACUUUCAGGAACUGCUUCUCGAAUACUCUGAGCUCUUUUAUGAGCUUGAAGUGGAUGCAAAGCCAAGUAAAGAGAAAAUGGGAGCCAUUCAGGAGGUGUUGGGUGAAGAACAAAGGUUUAAAGCCCUGCAGAAACUGCAGGCAGAAAGGGAUGCUCUUGUAUUGAAACAUAUCCACUUUGUCUACCACCCCACAAAGGACACCUGUCCCAACAGCCCCCACUGUGUGGACAGCAAGUUAGAGCAAAUUCUGUCCUCCAGAUUCCCUACCCGCUACCCAUCAUCAGACACUUCAAGACUGGAAGGGGGUAGAGCUGAACGGAUAAAUCUUGUCAUCCUAGGAAAAGAUGGGCUAGCCAGAGAGAUGGCAAAUGAGAUAAGGGCCUUGUGCAGCAGUGAUGACCGGUAUGUGUUAGAUGGCAAGAUGUAUGAGUUAGCCCUUCGUCCUAUUGAGGGCAACGUACGUCUGCCAGUCAAUUCCUUCCACACACCAACUUUCACACCCCAUGGCUGCCUGUGUUUGUACAACUCAAAAGAAUCCCUCUCGUAUGUUGUUGAGAGUAUAGAGAAGCUUAGAGAGUCAACUAUAAGCAGAAGGGAAAGGGAAAACAGCUUAGCACAACUCCCGCUGUCCCUCAUUCUGGUCACCAAGCGGGGUGUGGGGUCCAUAGGGGAUAUUGGGGGUGAGACAGCUCAGACUCUGAUCCAACAGGGACAGCAGGUGGCUGGAAAGCUGCAGUGUACAUACCUAGACCCUGCCUCUCCAGGUAUGGGCUACACACGCAAUGUAAGCGAGAGGCAGAUCAACCAGAUGCUAAAGGGUCUCUUAGAUUUAAGGAGAGGCGUAGGGAGCAGUUCCCCUCCCUUGCCCCCUCCAUCCUCUGCCUUCAGAGAUUCACAGUCCCAGCCAGGUCUAGAGGCAGACUUGAGGAUUGUUAUGUGCCUGAUGUGCGGAGACACAUACGACCUAGACCAGCUGCUUGCUCCCUUCCUGUUGCCCCAGCAUUGUCGUCCUGCCUCUUCUCUUAGCAGUGGCACCUCCAUUCUCCUGGAUCUCAGUAUAGGAGGUCAGAGGCAGAAUAUUGAACUGUCACUACUCUCUUUCCAUUCCACAUUCUCCCUCCGCAAGACCAGGCUGGUCCAUGGCUAUAUUGCAGUUUACUCUGCUCGGCGCAAGGCCUCUAUGGAGACCUUAUGUGCUUUCCUGUGUGAGGUCCAAGACAUCAUCCCAGUCCAGUUGCUAGCCGUAGGGGAGAGUCAGAUGGAGUUGUCAGACUCAGAGUCAGCCAAGGAGCAGGUCAGUCAGGGAGAUGAACUUGCCCAUGAACUUGAGGCCAGGUUUAAUACAGUAAUAUGUGGACAUGGUGGGGUGGUAGGGGGCCUUCAUAAGAUAGACCUUUUCCAGCCCUUCCUCAAGGACGUGGUUGAGAAGCACACUAUUGUUGAGGCCACACACAUGUAUGAUCAUGUGGCUGAGGCAUGUACCAACGACAGCAUAAGCCCUCGCUGUGGCUCUCCUAGUCCAGUUAACAUUCUGAUGGACUCUGAGGAUGACAUUGACCCAUCAUCCCCUUACCCCACACUGAGGGAGGAUGGUAGCCUGAGUUCUCACCUUGGGAGCUUCAAGCUGCCAGAUCUGGAUUCAAGUGAUACCUUCUCUGUCAUUUCUGAGCUUAGCACCUUUGAGAGCAAGCUUAACAACAAGAUUCCUCCUCAAGUGAAGCCCAAGCCUGUCCGUAAGGUUAACCUCAGCCCCUUCAUGGACCAGCAAGGUGGUACCAACCGUCGCUCUUUGCCCCAAGCUGUCACCUGGGCUCCAGGUAGCGAUGGUCGCUAUGACCCUUCCGACUAUGCCGAGCCCAUGGAUGCUGUUAGCAAACCUCGACUCACAGAAGAGGAGAAUAUUUACUCUGUCCCUCAUGACAGCACACAGGGCAAAAUUAUCACCAUCCGUAACGCCAGCAAAGGUCACUCCAACGGGAGCGCUGGAGGGAAUGGUUCCGACAGUGAGGCGGACAGUAGCUCACUGGAACGCAGGAGAAAGUUGUCUGCCAUCGGGGUAAAACCGAAGCUUUACAGAGACAGAUCCAAACGACUUGGCAAGUUCAGCAGUUUCAGGACAAGCUUCUCUAUUGGCAGUGAUGAUGAGAUGGUGGGUCCACCCAAGGCUAGCCAGGAUGACGCAGGAGCCCAAAAGGACAACUCCAUUGAGGAGAUUGAGGACCCUAAAAGAAGGAAUAUCCUUAAGAGCCUGCGCAGGAAUACUAAGAAACCUCGAGCCAAACCCAGGCAUUCCAUCUCAAAACCCUGUGAAAGCAACUACUUCGGGGUGCCACUGGCCACUGUGGUCUCCCCUGAGAGGCCAAUCCCAGUCUUCAUCGAGAAGUGCAUCCGCUUCAUUGAAACGACCGGCUUGAGCACAGAGGGAAUCUACAGGGUCAGUGGGAACAAAUCAGAGAUGGAGAGCAUGCAGCGGCAAUUUGACCAAGACCACAACCUGGACCUGGUGGAGAAGGACUUCACCAUCAACACAGUGGCCGGAGCCAUGAAGGCCUUCUUCUCCGAGCUGCCGGACCCUCUGGUGCCCUACCACAUGCAGGGAGAGCUGGUGGAUGCCUUCAAGAUCAACGAUAGGGAGCAGCGCUUCCAGACGAUGAAGGACAUUCUGCGCCGCUUCCCCAAGGAGAAUUACGAGGUCUUCAAAUAUGUCACCAGCCACUUGCUCAAGGUGAGUCAGAACAACAAGUCGAACCUGAUGACCAGUGAGAACCUGUCCAUCUGUUUCUGGCCCACACUGAUGAGACCAGACUUCACCACCAUGGACGCCCUGACCGCCACCCGCAUCUACCAGACACUGAUCGAGAGCUUCAUCCACCAGUGCAUGUACUUCUUCUACAACCAGCCGCUGGCCGAUGGCCUCCCCGGCUCCCCCACCUCCUCCUACUCCUCGGGAGGAACCUCGGCGUACUCCAGCAUGGCUGGAGGCUACUCAUCCUCGCCGACUCCGUCCCCGGCUCCCUACGUCCUCCCUGCCACGCCUCCUGUCAUCCCCCACUACGGCCCUCCUCUCCAUCAUCACCACCACCACCACCAUCAUCACCAGACCCCACCCCACUCCCCGCCUGCUACUCCUCAGUCCCCCAUCCCAGCCCUGCUGCCACCCUCCCUGCACCCCCACCACCCCCAUACGGAACAACACACGCUGUGAACCAGGGAUCAAGGGAAAGAGAAGAAGAAAAAAACUAAGAAGAGGACAGGAUUCAGAGAGGUUCAAAGGUUCAAAAUAAGAUAUCUUGAAAUUUGGGAAGGAACUGAAGAGGACGUAUUGAAAGGAGGACAGGAGAAGUUGGGAGACUUUGAGUGAGAUGCAGUAUGUACAGGGAGAAACCUACAUGUUUGGGAGAAGAAGAGGAGUUUGAGCCUCCGUUGCUUUUAGAAAAAAUGGACACACACACAAGACCGAAAAGGGGAACAGUGCAGAGCCUCUGAACCGGCUGUAUGAUCUUUCUCUUCCCCGUCGCCACUUGUAUCCCUUUGUCUCUCUCCUUGCCUUAUACCAACACACAAACACACUAAUGAAGAGGGAGACGUUGCCAGUCACUGUUAAUCGGACUCAGGGAGGGACUCGGAAGUAAAGUGCAAAAUGGGGAAUGUGAAAUCUGUAAUGUUGGGAUUGCUACACUACACUACACACGCACACACACACAGUGGCCAGUGUGCCUCCGACAACCAUUCUCCUCAAUUCCCGAGUCUGUGAUUGUGCUAGGAAAUUUGGAAUUCUUUUUAAUUUUAUUUUUGCAAGCGGACCCACCUGCUGUACCUACCUGGAGGCCGUGGCUGGGAGUGUAGCAGAGCGCGAGUCGUGGACGUGUUUAUUUCACCACUGUACAGAGAAGACUUUAGCAAGAAACAUGUGUUACUACUCACCCGGCAGGAUGUUCUGUCCUCUGCGACUCACACAUUCCUAUCCGUCAACCCCUCACACACACAAACACACACACACACACACACACACGGACAAAAUCAGUCUCAGUCGAGGCAGCAUGCCAAGCACAGAAAGAAAAAAAAACUCAACCAACAGGAUCUGCUGGGCAGCAAAUCGGAGCAAAGGAUUAUGGGUGCUCUUACACCCGUGGCAUUCUGGGAAGGUUCCUUCCUUCCUCCUGAUUGCUAUCGCUCUAUCUUUAUUUGAUCUUUGACCUCAUGCCCUGAGUUUUGAAACAAACAAAGUAAACGGCUAAAAAAAGUGGAUUUCAUAAUUCUACGUUCACAUUCCCAAGUGUAUUUUUUUUACAUUUGAGAAAAUUCACUUGAACCUGAGCCUCAUCUGUCAAUGAACGGCCUUGUGGGUAAGCGUCUGGCUGUCUGACGAUCCAUUUGUGUGAGCUGAUGUCCAUGAACUUUUUCUUUCACCUGAAUUUCCCUACAUGAGGAGAAUAGUGGGAAUAAUUCCAGUGUCGGACUUCACCUGUCAUGUUGCUUCUCUUACGGUGGUUUGACGCGCGAGUCGGUCGGUGCAGUUUUCGUAGUGAGGACCUUGUUCAAAAAGCACUUUUCUGAGCACUUUGAAGGCACAUUUUAAAUUGGAGCUGCCGAGACAUGACAGCCACCAUUCACUUUAUAUUGUCAGUCCACUCGACCCUCCCUGUCUCUCUCUCUCUUUCACCAUCUCCCUUUCUCUCUUGGAGCACACCACUGACAUCUAGAGGAAGAAAUGGGUAUUGCAGCCAUAACCUCACUUCCACUACUGCAUGGGCGUAGCACCAUUUUCAAACUGGUUGUUGUAGCAUCAGAUUCUCUCAUUAGGUGCAGUUGUCAAGAUGCAUUGUAAUGUUUUAUUUCGGCUAGAAAAAAAUUAACAUUAGAACUCAAGAGUGUAAAUAAAAGAGGAACAGCAGUUUAUAAAUUGGGCACAGAUCAGAUGAGAUUCCAUAGAUUCAGGCUCUGUAGCCACAAAGCAUCCGGCCACAGAGCAGCUGGUCAGACAUGCAGCGGGUGAAAUUGCCUCUCUCUCUUUUUUGAUGGUCAGUGUCCGCUUUCCCCCGUGGCAGCCAAAGCAAGUCAGGUGUUUAUAAACGGUGUGUGGCUCCUCCUCGUCCUUUGAGAUUAAGGAGGUGAUGAUUUACAAGAUGUAGCACCACAGGCCAGAACGCAAGAGCCGGGCGCGAGACUCGACCCGAGACAGGUGGGAGGCUUUUUAUUCUUGGAAGUAACUGGCAGCCGUCGCUCCAGGUACCAGCGACAUUCUCUUAACAACACAGCGCUGCGCCUGUGGAGAAGAGACUCGAGGACUCGAAAUAUAAUUUGCAAGAGUGUAACCACUACACCACCCCCCCACCCCCCUCCUGCUAGUCAGUCCCUGUCUGUGUGAGACAGUUGGGUCAGAACAGACAGUCCAUUCAUCUGUCUGCAUGACUGGAGUGGAGCAUCACAGAAUUCCUCGGCCCGGCUUGCUGUUACCGUAGAAACCAGCGAGAUGGGGCUCGAGCAGAAUUGCUGAGCCUUCAUCUAAGCUUUUGAAGUGUGUGUUUGUGUGUGUGUGUGUGUUGUUUGCAUGAGCUGGAGAAAGAGUUCUCAUGUGAACAUACAUGUGUUAACGUUAAGCAGAUGCUCACCAAGGUCACUCCUGUUUGACACUGAAAUGCGUGUCUCCACAGAUUCUCCUGUCUGGCUGAAACGAGAGAGAAAAAAAACCUUUUAACCAAUCACUGAACUCUAAAAGGAGCUUUUAUCAGUCUACACUACCUAUUUACCUUGUGUGUCUGUGUUUGUGAGUGUCUGUGUUUAAAGGGUGAAUGUUUAAAGGGGUCUGAGCUAACGUGCAAACACGCUGUGCUUGGCUCACGGCCACGAGCCCGAUCGGCACAGACGUGAAGGAUGCAGCUCUCAUCGCGGUCAUCACCCCGGUGGCUGUGUCACCCUGUUAGCUCGUCCAGAUUAUACACACUGAGCCUCAGAGACGAGGGGCAGAGUGAGGUGGAGGGGGGGGGGGGGCGGCAAACGGGUGAAUGGGAUCAUUAUUUGGGAGACGGAGGGAGGAAGCAGGGGUGACCACUGGUACUUGUGUGCGAACGUCGGCCAGUGGCGUUCCCCGUGUAUAUCAAUGUGUUAAUACUGAACUGACUGUGAGGCAGCCAAAGACUGUGGAAAAAAGGGUCAAGGGAGCGAUGGGAAGCAAAGUGACAGUUUUGAAGAACAAUUGAAUUUUAAAAAAAAAAUGUGACUGGUUCAGAGAUAAUAUGUGGCUGCAUUGCUUUUCUUUCUUUCCUUCUUUUUUUGCAACAAUGGUGACAGAUGUCUGUUAAUUUAAAAUGAGAAACAAGCAAAACUAUAUUCAAAUGGUUGUUUAUUGGUAUGUUAGGGGGUUCUAACACUUUGCCCUUUAGUCAGUGGUGAUAGAAAAAAAAAAGUUUCUUUUUAUGUUUUAUUUUAAUAAUUAAAUAAUACAAAGCAUUUUUUAACUAUUUCUUUGUGAACGACUGAGAGACCAGCCCAGUAUAGUGCAUGAUUUCUUCCCGAGCAAAGGAAGAGGGCUCCACCACUCUCACUAUUUAAAGAGAUGAUAAAAAAAAAAAAUAUUAAGAAAUGA